AUUUGGCGUCCUUAUUCACAACGAUCAGUUUAAUUAAUUAGUAAUUGUCUUACUUUUUAUUAUUAAGUGACAACCCUUGUUUGAAACAUUUUCUAUUAUUGAAUUUAUAAAAAAAAAAAUGUAUGACAAUCAUUCGGAUUCGUCUGACAUUAAUUCGGAAGAUUUGGAUAAAAUAUUGGAAAAUAUGGAAGAUUUAGACGACGCUUUGCUUCGUGGUACAUUGAAAAGUAGUGAACAGAAAAAAGAAAUCACACCACAAAGUGCUGAAACCAAAAAGAAAGUCGUAUUUCGAGAUUUCAAUGAAGACGAUCCCCUCGCAGAUCUUUUAUCCGAGGAUGACACUUCCAAGGAGACAUCGAUUCCGGUUACAACAUCACAGGCACAAAAUAAGAAAAUUGCUGAUUUGUUUGGAAUAAAGACAAAUGGUGUGACAUCAAAAGCACCUCAAAUUACACAAAAUAAAACAAAAUCAAAUACUUUGCCAAAGGAAAAUUCUUUUCGACUUGAUUCUACUGAUUCGAUAAAUACAUUGCCGAGGGAAAAUUCCCUGAAAAACGUUUCCAAUCCGACUGUUAAAAAUGUGCCAGAAAAAUCAUCGAAGAAACCUCAGAAAUCAUUAUUUGAUGACACUGAUGAUAUUAUUUCGAAUUUGACUGAGAAAACACGACCUAUUAGCGAACAAUCGAAAAAAUCGUCAUUGAUGGAAAAUUUAUUUAGCGGCUUAACAAAUAAAUCUACUUCUGAUUCUCGUAGAACCACCGAAUUGGCGUCGACGCAAUCCAAAGUUGAAUUAAAUCCAACAAAAUCGAGUCAACAAUCAUUAAAUUUAAUGACAAAGAGCGAUUCAAUAUUUUCCGUACAAUCGACAACUAGUACUACUGGUUAUUCGCCUACGACUGUCGUUUCAGUGUCGAGAGAAUCCAGAAGAGGCAGAAGACCAUCGACUGGAUUACUAGAUCCCUUAGGAUUACUUGGAAGCGAACAAAAGAGAGACGAAAUCGAGAAGAAUUCUCUCACCACCAUUGAGUCGAGUAAAAAAGAAGAAAAAGUUUCAAAAAGUACAGCAAAUGACAAUCUACCAGAAUGGCUCGGUGGUCGUAAAAAUGUGAAAGAAGAAAAAUCGGAAGAAAUAUCAGCGCCGAAUACAAAUUCAAAACAAAUCGUCGAACCAGCAACUUCGACUCUCAGUGCUGCGAGUAAAGAAACGGAAAUUAUUGAACAAAAUCAAGACAGUGGACUAUUAUUUCCUCAGACAUCGUCAAUUUUAUUGGGAACACAAUUUGAUCAACAGGCGGCUCUCGUUUCAAUGCAGCAACAAGAAAAUAUAUUGCGAACAGCUUCAACGCUGUCGCAGCACAACGAUAAAUUUACUAAUCUUCUUGAAAAUCAAACACUUAGACUGAACGAUCAAGAGAAACAGUUUAAUAUGUUAAUUACUAGGCAAAUAGAGAGGCAAACUUUAUUGGAAGCCCAAAUGAAAAUGCAACAGAAUCGAAUUGAUUCCUAUCUACAGACCUUGAUGUCACAACCUACGUCAAUGCCGUUAAUUUUUUCUUCAAACAAGACUGACAUUCCUAAAGACUUUAUUGACAAAAAUAUAGAAAACGAAAGUCACGUACAAAAAUUACAAUUGGAAAAGCUCUAUUUAGAGAGUACAAUAGAAAGCCUAAGGGAAAAACACGAAAAGGAAAUGACAAUUUUUGACGAAUCUUAUAAAAAGCAAGUGAAAAUCUUGGAGGAUAUCAUCGAUAGAUUUGAGCAAAAAAUGCAAUUAAAUUUCGACAAUUUAGAAGCAGAUUAUGAGGCGAAAUUGCAAAAAUUAAAAGUGGAAAUGACAGAAAUGGAAAAAAGCCAUAAAGAAGAAAAAGAGGAAUUAAAGAAAGAGCAUCUCUUGGCUAUUCAACAAAUUUAUGAGCGGCAUUCUCAAAGUAUAAUCCUACUGCAAAACGAACACGCCGAAACUAUUCAGAAUAUCACAAAAGCAAAAAUGAUUGAACAGGAAGCAAUUAAAGUAUUUUCUAAUCAGAAGGAGAAUAUCGAUGAUAUUGUAAAAAAGACUGACAAUGUUAUUGGAAAUUUACAAAUUUUGGAAAAGAAAAUAGAGGAGAGGAACGAUACGUUUCACGAGUCGAGGGAAAUUUAUUUUCAAACGCAAGCUGAUCAUUUGAAAUUGAUGAGAGAACAAGUCAAUAAAGAAAACGAGACGUCGGAAAUUGAGCGAAAACAAUUAUUAAUAUCGGCUCAAAAAUUAGAAGAAACUGCCAUUAAACUUGCGUUCGAUACAGAAAAAAGAAAUGGACAGCACGCUGAGAUAGAAGACAGACUGAAAAUAAAAGAACAAGCUUUUCUCAGGGAAAAAGAAUUAUUUUUAGAGCAAACAAAAUGGGAACGAAAUCAUUUAGAGGAUAUAAAACAAGCUUGGCGCAAAGAACAAGAGAAACGAAUUGAACUUCUUGCUAAAGAAAGGCAGGCACUCAUUGAGGAAAAGGGGAAAUUGGAAAUUUCUAAUAGACUAAAAUCUGGCAACGAUGAUGUUGCAAAGGCUGAGUUAGAAGAAAUGAUAAAAAGUGCUCAGGAAGCUACGGAAAAUGCUUUUCGAGAGAGAAGAAAAUGGCAAGAAAGAAUCAAUGAAGUUGAAUUGCAGAAAAAUGUUCUCCAAGAGAAAGAAGAUCAACUUGUGAUAAAGGCCAAAGAACUUGAAUCGUUGACUCAAUCAGCAUUGACGAAACGAGAAGAAGGAUUACGAGCCCUACAAGAAGCUCACAGAAUAGAAGAAGAAUCUAAAGAAAGAAUGAAUCAGGUGCAAACACAAUUUGAAAUUCUCGCUCAAAGAGAAAAUAGAAUAGCUGCCGAGAAACUGUCCCUAGCAAGAGAAAGACUGUCAUUGAAAAUUGGUCUUGUCGAGAGACCGGAGAAAGACAUCAAUAUAAUCGAACCUCAAGAAAAAUAUAUUGAUGAAACACCAUAUUUAUCGGAUGUUCAUUCCAAUAUGAUGAAAACACAUUUCUCGGAUAUUGUGGAUCCUCAAUUGAUUUUAUUGAAAUUGGACCUUGACAAUAAAUUGGAUGCGUCCAGCCAAUAUUUCGAUUACAUUCCUACAGCAAAAUAUUGA